AUACUGUGAAUUUUCAGGGAUGGUGGUUUUGUUUCAUUACCAGUAGCAUCUGAAGAGCCAGCACAGGCAAGCAAACUCAGAGAAACUUUUCUUUCUUUGCAGAUGGACCUCAACAGAUGGAAGGACAUGGCAAAUGGGACAAAUGUGGAAGAAUUUGUCCUUCUUGGCUUCCCAGGCACGUGGCAUUCCCGAGUGUCCCUUGUGGUGGUGUUUACACUGAUGUACUCCCUGACAGUAAUAGGCAACGCAUCCAUCAUAGGUCUCGUGUGGAUGAGCAGCAACCUACACACCCCAAUGUACUUUUUCCUCAGCAAUCUCUCCUUUCUGGAGAUCUGGUACACUACGGGUGUUGUUCCCAAAGCCAUAGGAGUCAUGCUGGGGACUAGCCAGACCAUUUCCUUCAGGGUCUGCAUCCUCCAGUUGUUCUUUAUUCUCUCUCUAGGUGCCACUGAGUGUUUUCUACUGUCUGUCAUGGCCUAUGACCGCUACUUAGCCAUAUGCUACCCCUUGAGAUACAGCUCCCUCAUGAACAGUGGCCUCUCCACUUGGCUGGUGCUCAGCUCCUGGCUGGGAGGCUUUCUGGCUGUCUCCCUGCUGGCCUUUCUGACAUCCAGGCUGACUUUCUGUGGACCAGAUGUCAUCAAUCAUUUUCUCUGUGAUAUAGAUUCCUGCCUUGCCCUCUCCUGCAGUGAUACAUGGCCCGUGGAGCUGGCAACGUUCCUUGUCUCCAUAAUCGUUGUGGUGGCUUCCUGUGUAGUCACCCUGGUCUCCUACAUGUACAUCAUCUCUUCUAUCCUGAGGAUCCAGUCAGUCCAUGGCCGGAAAAAGGCCUUUUCCACCUGCUCUGCCCAUCUCAGUGUCGUCACCAUCUGGUUUGGCUCCACCAUGUUCCUCUACGUCAAACCAUCAGCCCAGAAUUCCCUGGAUCUGAACAAACUCGUGAAUACCUUUAACACGGUGGUAACUCCUUUGUUAAACCCCUUCAUUUACACACUCAGAAACAAAGAAGUGAAGCAAGCUCUGGGACGGGCUUUCCAGAAGAAGUGAAGUGGCUUUUCAAAAGGCCCCAGUGUGAGCAAACAGAUUGAUCCCUUCCCUCCCCUGACUUCUGCUCUGCAGAGGAUCCUCACAGAGUGUGUGUGUGUGGGCACCCCAGGCAGUGAGAAGCCUCCAGUUCCCCAGCUUAUCUCACUCACAGCCAGCUCAAGUUGGGCCGAGCCUCAAUUCUACGGCUCCCACCACCCUCUGUUCCUUCUGAGGUGAAUCCAGCAUGCAUCCCAGUGCUUUAAAGAGCAGUGCUUGGAAAGGGUCACAAGCCCCAUCAAUAAGCUAACAGAGCUGGAGGAGUGGUCCUAUCACAGGUUUCCAUUCUAGUUUGCCAAGUGCUUCAUCUUGUCAGGGUUUGUCUGAAUCCCCUAAAGAAAUCCCAGCAACUGGCUAACUGUUUAGGAAAUAGAUGUGUUUCUCCAUUUAGUCUGAUGUUUUCUGGAUGUAUCUAUGCCCCAUUCUUGUGGCUAUUUCAUUGAAUCAUACUCUGAUUCAAGAUAAAAUUUGACAAUGUCUAAUAUUUCUACCUGCAGUCACUAUUCCUAGCAUAAGACUGUAAACAAAUUUUACAUAAUUCCUCUUCUUUCCUCUCCUUAAUAUCUGAAUCUACUCUUUUAAUUUUAAUUAAAAAUAUGCAAAAUAGUGUGCUUCACACUGGAUGAGUCAGAUCAUUUCCACAUCUAAAACCCACAUCAUUUUUAACAGCCCAUUUUGGUCUUUGUUGUGGAAAAACUGUAAUGUCACGGCAAAGUGCUCAGACUGCAGAGCUUUGGAAGGCUGGCUGGGAAGCAAGUCUCCCUUCACACUCAAUGGGAGGAUAUUAGCACUUCCAAAGGCCACUUGCUUUUUCCCUCCCAAUUUUCAUUUCAGAACAGAUUAGUCAUGUUCUCAAAGCUUUUCUUUCUGCACACUGACCGUGAAGAGUCCAUGCGGCCACUUCAUAAAGAGGAGGCAUCAGCAUGACAGACAUGCCUUUAUGGAGAGUGUGGGAUUGAUUUCACCUGAGUGUGGAGCUCCCCAGCUGAGAUGAUUGAGUCUGAACUGAACAUCUACUCCUUCUAGAAGCAAAGGCACUUCUAGGGAGACUCACCAACCUCCUGGAUCCACCUGGGCACUUGGCUCUUCAGCCUGCAUCCAGGCCCAGGCACCACUGCCCAAGGACAGGCUGAGUCCCACCCUUGUCAGCUGUGCUCUCUUUCCCAGUGGCAUUUGGGAAAAUCCCUGGCACAGCCCACUGAGGCUGCAGAAAAAGCCUGAGAUUGGAUUUAUCCUCAGGUGGACAUCACUGCUUGUCAUUCUUGCCUGGGAAUGAUGCAGUUUGGGGAGAAUUGUGUCUGUGGAGUGUUGAAGGCCUCUGCAGCCCUGGAGAGCAACAAAAAGCUAGAGCUGGAAUGUCCAAGAAAUCCGAGACACAGCAGAGUGCAGGAUACUGAGAGAUGCUGUGAAUUCCUCAUCAGCACUGCCUGAAGCUCUCUGAGAUAAACAGAGGCAUGCAAAGCCUCAAAGAGGGCUGUCAGAGCAGAUCUACAUCACCUGGGAGAGGCAGACCACCCUGGAAGAGAAGUAGGAAAACAAACAAGUACCCCUAGGUUUCUCAAGUGAAGUGGAUGAUGUUUCAUGUGCAACAGACUCCAAUUCAAAGAGUGGGAUCCACCUGGAAAGCCAGCACCCCUAAGCUGAGCUUCCAUAAGCAAUGCUGUUACCUGAGAAUGUGUUCCCAGAACCCUUCCUUUCGCUCAUGGGAGGAAGAAAGAUCACUGAGAUAUGCUUACCAGCUGUUGGACAGAAAAACUAGCAUGGACUCAGGAACAUAGGAGCUCCCUCCAGCUCUGGGGAUUUCCCUGAGAAGAAGAAAAUACAUGAAAAAGAGUGAGACCUCUCUCUGGCAGUGGAUGAGUGCAGGAAGAAUGUUGUCCAGAGCCUGGCUGGUGACUGUUUUCCACUUGCUGAUGCAGGGCAAGGAAGGGCUCUUCACUUCUUGGGCUACUGUGACCACAUGGCAAAACCAUAAAAGCAAAGGCCUACCAAAGGCUGCAUUCCUCAUCUGUGGCCAUCAGUGGAGGCCCAUGGAAAGGGAACAGGAAGAAGAGCUGUAGGUUACUUGCCCUGAGUACUCCAGUUUACUACCUAU